AUGAUUACAAAAACAGAGAUUGGUGGUACGGGCAAGCCUGUCCUCAACAAUAAACCGCUUAGUUUCUCAAUCAGCCGGAUUCUUCAUAGGGAAGAUGAAAAUACGCCAGUAGCAGACAACAAGUCAUCUUUUCGAGGGGCCGACAUAGAGUCGUCUGCCCGAGCUGCAGCGGAUCAGAUGCACGCAUCAGAAGAAUAUCCCAGAGUUCCCCACCUGCACGCGGCCACCGUGCAUCAUUACGCGCAAUGCAUGGAGACAGACGAAUAUGCAUCUUUCGAGACGAUAUUGCGUCCCCGUGCCUGCAGUACACCAGAGAAUGAGUUCCCCUCACCGACGGCCACUUCAAACAUUCACGCGCUCUACAAACUACUCCCGGGCGCCCUUAGGUCCGCCCGCCACAACCCCUGCACGAUCCCUGGUCGACACCCGCUUACAAGCCACAACGCGUUCGUACACCCGGCCGGAUACUUUGGCCACAGAACAGGUCCAUGUGUCCAGCAAACCGCAAAACGUUCUAUGACAAGUGUAUAUGAAUAUACUGAAAACCCAACUGAAAUUGUAAAACACAUUGAGACAGAUGCUGGCGAUCAUUCUAAUCGGAGCACACCGGAACCGGAAGUUCAUUAUGGCGCGUCUAUUCACAGUGAUAAAAGCUUAGACUCAAUGGGUGAAAGUUACCACCAGUCACCGAGUCCUUUCAAAACAAAGAAGAAGAAGACAAGAACUGUGUUUUCCAGAAAUCAGGUGUACCAGCUCGAGGCAGCGUUUGACUUGAAACGCUACUUGUCCAGCGCGGAGAGGUCGGGACUAGCUGCUUCUCUUAACUUGUCCGAAACCCAGAUUAAGAUCUGGUUUCAGAACAGAAGAAAUAAGUGGAAACGACAGAUUAACGGGGAAAUGGACGAAAUACCACUUCCUCCUGCUUUUGCGGCAUCAUACCCGCAAUCUUCUUUUCCUCAAUCCCCAUUGGCAAGUUACGGUCACAUGACAGAAGCACGUGGUGAUCGUUUACGAAGUACUGUUCCGGCAUUCUACUCACAUCCCUACGCCAGGGGAAAUGUAGUUCCCAAAUAG